GGGAUGCCUGGGCCACCCAGAUGGGUCCCACGAGUCACUGCGAAGUUUGCAGGGUUAGGGAUCCUGCAGGCGGCCCCCGGGCGCCCCCUGGCGGUCGCCACCCGGCCGCCGCGGCGGCUCCCACAAUGCUCGCGGAGUCCUGCUUCGGCUCCCUCGGCGGCGGCGGCUCCAAGAUGGCGCAGACGAUCUUCGAGGCCCUGGAGGAAAGAAAACUACUCAGAAGGUGCCACAGAACACCUUAUAGCCAUUGGCCAGAACUUAGAUAUUCUGCUGCAAGAACAGGAAUGGACAAUCAGACUGUGCUAGCUGUCCAGUCACUGUUGGAUGGCCAAGGGCCAGUCCCUGACCCAACAGGCCAGGGUGUCAACGCACCCCCUGCUAUUCCGCCACUGGACGAUGAGGAUGUGUUUCUCUGCGGGAAGUGUAAGAAGCAGUUUAACUCGCUGCCAGCGUUUAUGACCCACAAGCGUGAGCAGUGCCAGGGGAAUCCUCCACCCUUGGCCACAGUCUCACUCGCCACCAAUAGCAUCUACACACCUUCAGUAGCCCCUGCCGCAGUCCCGCAGGCCCCACCUUCUGCCAACCGCCAGAUCUCCACUUAUAUCACGGUGCCCCCAUCCCCCCUGAUCCAGACCCUGGUACAAGGGAACAUCUUGGUGAGCGACGACGUGCUCAUGUCAGCCAUGUCAGCCUUCACGUCCUUGGACCAGCCUAUGCCCCAGGGACCUCCACCUGUGCAGAACAGCCUGAACAUGCAUUCUGCACCUGGAUACCUCACCCAGCCUCCACCGCCCCCUCCACCCCCUCCGCCAAUGCCCCCUCCCCCACCUCCCCAGCCCCCACCACCCCCACCCCAGAGUCUGGGUCCCCCAGGGCGCGCCAACCCUGGUGGGAAUGGAGUGGUGGAGAUGUACAAUGCCACAGCACCCCUGGCUGGGAGUGGAACAGUGGAGAUCCAGGCAUUGGGAAUGCAGCCCUACCCACCUCUGGAGGUGCCAAACCAGUGUGUGGAGACGUCAGUGUACCCCAACCCACCAGUGUAUAGCCCUGGCAAACAGGGCUUCAAACCCAAAGGACUAAGUCCUGCUGCCCCCAUGACCACUGCAGCUGGGGGCACAGUGGCUCCCUUUGACCCCCCACCAACACUGAAGAUCCGACGGGCCAAAGGUGCCAGUGGACUCCAAGAAGCUGCAGGGAAGCCAAAGGCUCAGAAACUCAAGUGCUCAUACUGUGACAAGUCAUUCACCAAAAAUUUUGACCUGCAGCAACACAUCCGAAGCCACACUGGUGAGAAGCCCUUCCAGUGCAUUGCCUGUGGCCGUGCUUUUGCCCAGAAGUCCAAUGUCAAGAAACACAUGCAGACCCACAAGGUAUGGCCUCCAGGGCGAAGUGGUGGCACGGUCUCUCGCAACUCUGUGAGUGUGCAGGUCAUGGCUCUGAAUCCCAUCAGGCAAGAAGAUGAGGAAAGCACAGGGUUGGGCCAGACAUUACCUUCUGCCCCGCAGCCCCAGCCCUUGCCCACAGCAGGUGAGGAUGAUGGGGACAAGCUGGAGACCAAGCAGGUGGUCCUCAUUGACAGCUCUUACCUGUGCCAGUUCUGCCCCAGCAAGUUCAGCACCUACUUCCAGCUCAAGUCCCACAUGACCCAGCAUAAGAACGAGCAGGUGUACAAGUGUGUUGUCAAGAGCUGCGCCCAGACAUUCCCAAAGCUUGACACGUUUCUGGAGCACAUCAAGAGCCACCAGGAGGAGCUGAGCUAUCGAUGCCACCUCUGCAGCAAGGACUUCCCGUCAUUGUAUGACCUGGGCGUGCACCAGUACUCCCACAGCCUCCUGCCUCAACACAGCCCCAAGAAAGACAGCGCAGUUUACAAGUGUGUAAAAUGUGUCAACAAAUACUCCACCCCUGAGGCCCUGGAGCACCACCUGCAGACUGCCACACACAACUUCCCCUGCCCUCACUGCCAAAAGGUAUUUCCUUGUGAGCGCUACCUGCGGCGUCACUUGCCCACUCAUGGCAGUGGCGGCAGGUUCAAGUGCCAGGUGUGCAAGAAGUUCUUCCGGCGGGAGCAUUACCUCAAACUGCACGCUCACAUCCAUUCGGGUGAGAAGCCCUACAAAUGCUCAGUGUGUGAGUCCGCUUUCAAUCGCAAGGACAAGCUGAAGAGACACAUGCUGAUUCAUGAACCGUUCAAGAAGUAUAAAUGUCCCUUCUCGUCACACACUGGCUGCAGUAAGGAGUUCAACCGGCCAGACAAGCUGAAGGCGCAUAUCCUUUCCCAUUCUGGCAUGAAACUCCACAAGUGUGCCCUGUGCAGCAAGUCCUUCAGCCGCCGUGCCCACCUUGCAGAGCACCAGCGUGCCCACACGGGAAAUUACAAGUUCCGCUGUGCCAGCUGUGCCAAAGGUUUCUCCCGCCACAAAUACCUCAAGGAUCAUCGAUGCCGCCUUGGUCCCCAAAAGGACAAGGACUUGCAGGCCCGGCGGCCCCCCAGGAGGAGGGCAGCCCCUCGAAGCAGCAGUAGCAGCAGCAGUGGACACAAGGUGGUGACCCCUCUGCCUGACCCACUGGGACUCGAGGAGCUAAAGGACGCAGGGCCUGGGCCAGUGCCAGAAGCCGCCCCGGGCAAGCCACCCUUCUCAGAGUCAGAUGCCGUGCUGUCCAUCGUAGUAGGUGGCACAGUAGGUGGUGAACCAGAGCUGGUAGUGCCUGGCCACCCUGAGGGCUUAGGCUCCAACCUGGCCCUGGCAGAGCUGCAGGCAGGGGCUGAGAGCCCAUGUGCCAUGCUUGCUGUGCCUGUCUACAUCCAGGCCUCAGAGUGAAGGGCCCAUGGUGUUUGUUCCCAAGAUCUAACCACAAAUUCCCCUUUGGUCUGGGGCACAUUGGGGCAGACUAGAGAUCUUCCCAUUGGAAAGGAGCCUUCAGCUAUGUCCCCCAUCCUACUGGAAAGUUCUGUACUGUCCUGGGACCUGGCAUAGGGCUGCCUACAACUUCUGGGCAGAAGUGAUGGCAAGAGAGAUGGCUAAGCCUCAGAGAACAAGGGUCUGGCUGGUCCAGGUUGGUAGUAGGGUCCCGUAAAGAAGAAGCAGACAGUCUUCCCACCCAUUCUCCAGAAAGUUAAAUGUUGUUGGAGCUCUUGUCUGUUGGGUCUCCCCACGCACAGCUCAUCAUAGCCUUCCCAGACAGUUCUGUGAUAAAGACAUUUAGGAAGCACUAGUGGGGCAUGACCAAAGCACAGCUAUUAGUCAGGUCUGGCUUCCAGUCCAAGUGCAGCCCUUACUGUGUGACCUUACCUCUUCCUGUCCCUGGGAUCCUCAUUUGCAUCAUGGGACUGAUGAUAGUACAGCCUCAUAGGACUGUUAUGGGGCCUAGUAUAAUGUCAUGUAUAAAGGGCUUGACGUGCUGGGCACUUGAAAUGUCAGGGUCAAAAUGUCCACAUGACUGGCUUGAGCCAUGGUAGUUUCUUUCUUAGUCCCUAGGUGGCAGCACCACACCUCAAAGUGUGUGUGGGCCACUCGCUCACAGGGCUGUGCCACCCCACCAGCUGUAGAGAGGGUUGAUACUCCCAGAGGGGUCAUUUCAGAACUUUGCCUGGGAAAACAUUGAGGAGGAAGGGCUUCAACUUACUUUUGAAAAUGUAGGGUCCUGGGCCUGACCCCAAACCAUUUGGAAUUAGAAACUCUAACCAGGGGUUUAUUUUGAGGAGGCCUCAUAUGCACAGCUAUUACUUGGGGGCAAGCAAACCAGGUUUAUCUGGAGGCAGGAAGGGAUAAAAAGGAACUUGACCAACUCUUCUUCCUUUUUCUUCAUAACUACUCUGUGGGGCCACAUUGCCUCAGAGAGGAAGCUGAGGCUGAAGAAGGGAACAGAAACAUCAUAGCAGAGCUUUUCUCUCAGACUGCUGCAAAGGGGCCCAGGACUAGAGCUCAAAGAAAACUUGGCUUCCCCACAUCCUUCAGAGGGAUAUGAUAAAGUGGGAGGGGCAGGUGGAGAGCAGUGUACAGUUGAGGUGUGAUGCCUAUGAGGGUGAUAAUGGGGACAGAAAGUCUGCAGGAGGUGACAUUCGACACAGCAUUUACUUGGGUACCUAGAGGAAGGUGUGCCAGGCAGAGCAAGACACAGGUGAAGACCUGUGACAGUUUGAGGUCUCUGUUCUGUUCUAGGCCUGGUGAGUGGUCCAGAGUGACCAGAGAUUGUAACAGUCCCUAAUAUUCUUCAAGCAAUAGGCUCCUUUUAUGUCACAGCACCUUUGAACCAUCGGGUGAGAAUUGCUACUUGUUUUAUAGAUAAGAAAAUGGAGGUACAGAGAGACAAGAUUCCCACCCCAGUUCACACAGCUAGUAAGUCACUGAGCUGGGAUUCAAGCUAGGGUAGCCCCUAGACUCUUUGCUCUGCUGAAAUGUGAAUUGGUGUGAAACCAGAAAGAGCCCUAGAUGUUGGAUUGAGGAAUUUGACAUUUAUUCUUGACAUAAAAAUGCACAGGAGCCAUUAAACAUUUUAAAAAAUAUUGUUAGAGGGGGAGAUAGCAUAAUGGUUAUGCGAGGCUUUGAGGUCCCAGUUUCAAUCCCUCAUACCACCAUAAGCCAGAGAUGAGCAAUUUUCUGGUUAAAAAAAAAAUUACUGUGCCAAGGAGAUAGCAUAGGUUAAGCAAAAUGACUUUCAUGCCUAAGACUCCAAGAUCCCAGGUUCAGUCCCCCAACACCACCAUAAACCAGAGCUGAGCGAUUAUUUGUUUUUUUUUAAAUCAGCAGUGAUAUGAAAAAAUAAUUAUUUAAGUUAUGUCUCUGUCUCUUGCUGUCAAUGUACAUAUGUAUACACACUUACUGGUGAUAUGAAACUAAUAUGUGCUCAGUCCUGACUGUCAUGCCUGUCACAGUCUAAGCACUCAAGCACUUUGAUUUAGGUGGUUCUUGUUGUUGCUGCUCCUCCUCUUCCUCUUCUUCUCACCACUGCAACUUCACUGCUUCGGUCAACCUUUUCAGACAGAGAGAGGGAGAAAGACACCACCGCUCUGAAGCUUCCUCCAGUUUGGUGGCGUCAGGCUGGAACCUGGGCUGCGUGCAGGACAAAGCAGCACACUAUCCAGGUGAGCUGUUUUGCCAGCCCAGUAGGUGCUACUUAGGAUUUUUUUUUUUUUUUUUGCCUCCAGGGUUAUUGCUGGGCUCAGUGCCUGCACCAUGAAUCCACCGCUCCUGGAGGCCAUUUUUUCCCCCUUUUGUUGUCCCUGUUGUUGUAGCCUUGUUGUUAUUGUUAUUGUUGAUGUCAUUCAUUGUUGGAUAGGACAGAGAGAAAUGAAAAGAGGAGGGGAAGACAGACACCUACAGACCUGCUUCACCGCCUGUGAAGCGAUUCCCCUGCAGGUGGGAGCUGGGGGCUCAAACCGGGAUCCUUACACCGGUCCUUAUGCUUUGCACCACGUGCGCUUAACCCGCUGCACUACCGCCCGACCCUCUUAUAAUCCUAUUUUAUAGGCAAGAUAAGGCAGUGGGCCCAACCAGGCUAAGUAUCCCCAUGUCAUGCAGCAGAAAGUGUAGAACCAGGCCACAGAACAAAGGGCACAUCAAGGUUAAGUCUAAUAUUUCACAGAUGUGGAGUUGGACUGCAGAUGAGGAGUCUGAAAUGAUAUUGGGGUUUCCAGUCAUGGGAGACAGCAUAAUGGUUAUGCAAAAAGACUAAUGCCUGGAGCUCCAAAGUCUAAGGCUCAGCCCCUGUACCACCAUAAACUAGAGCUGAGCAGUGCUCUGGUCUCUUUCUCUACAUACCUUUCUCUCUGUACCUUUCUCUAUCAUUAAAAUAAAAGAUACUUUAAAAUGUUGAGGUCUCCA